AUGGACAAUCAACCGAACAAACCGCCUUUCACGAACGGUGGUUCGGUGCACGCGCUUCCGGAAUCGAGCUCACGCCAGAGGGAUUCUCCGCAAGAUUCGGGAAAGGCAUCCAACGCGGUGCAGCUGGAUUCGUCGGCGAACGCAAGUGCGCGGAAUGGUCCAUCGUCAUCCGACCUUCAGGAACAUGAGCCUUCAAUGUCGGAGUUGCCUCCGGAGCUCCAGCACAUCACUUUCACCAUGCAGCCAUUGGGCAAGUUGGUCGCUCGGGUUGCUCAAAUCGCCUCUAAUGAACUGCAUGAGGCGCUGGAUAAAAUGGCCGAACUACCGCCCGUCGCAACCCCUUCUUCGACUCCGAAUGGCACCAACGGGCUUGCCAAUGGCAUGGCACCCUCUUCACACCAACCCGAGAACAAUUCCCCCGCGAACCAGCAACGAAAAGAGAUCAUGUUCGAGUACGCCGAGAAGACACGAAAUCGGUUCAUCCAACUGUUGGUGCUCAGCGUUUGGUCGCGGAGUUCGGCGGAUGUUUCCAAGAUGAUCGACGUAGUCAAUUUUCUUCGAACUCAGGAAGCUGCCCAGGAACAAGCGUCUUUCGCUCUCGGGCAACUCAAGCUCGAUAUCCACCCAUUCAAAUUACCCGCCCCCGACAUUCAAACCGCCCUCGAGACACUGACUACCGGCACGACGAUCAAGACCAACAAGUUGGACAAGGCUUACCUCCCACCUCCGGAACUGUCAGCCGAAUACAUUCUCAAAACCUUACGAAACCUCAACGUGUUGCUACACGAACGAAUAUUAGUCGGCAUAGGUCUAGCAAACCUCCCCCCGAUGCUACAGAAAUGGCGAAUACGAAAUGGACGAGUCACUUUUAUCGUUCCCGGCGAAUUCGAGCUUGAUGUGGGCGUUGCGGAAGAGGAACCAGAUCCGGUCAAAGCACGAUGGUGGUUCGUUGAUGUGAGAUGGAAUUUCCAACCUUCUGCCUCGGUACCGCAGGCAGCGCGAGGGACGAUCGAGGCCAAGAUCAAUCAAGAACUUGGCAUUGCGUGGAAUGCGCUGGUCGAGCGGGAAGAGGCUGUCAAGAAAGCGCAGGAAAGUCAGCUAGAGGGGGAAGACAAGGUGGCCGCCGAUCCCACAUCGAUACUGGAAGUCGACCGGAGUUGUCUGAAACGCGCAUACGAUUUUCUCCAUAAUUUCAUCUUGACGCACAAGGUAUCUGUCCUCCGAAAACAAGCGUUCGACCUGGUCAUGUCUUCCUGGGCGGGCACCCUCCGAGUUGAGAUGGCGCAUCGGAACCUCAUUUUGCAGUACUGGACGCAAGUUCCCGGACCGAAGAGCUGGUUGGAAAUCGCCCUACAUAGCAAGAGGCAAAGACGGAAAGACCCCAAGACGGGCGCAACCCUGCUGUUUUGGGAUUGGAGAGGUCCUCAGCCUUCGACGAUCGGAAUCCGGUGGAUGCGACUGGGAAAAGAGAUGGAUGUCAAAGAUCUGGCAAAGAAGGCGGGAUGGAACCGCAAACAAAUCGAAGAGCGCAACAUCGAGGCAGAGAUUUGCGGUUUCGGGGAUCUACGAACCUUGGACGUCGAGAAUGCGCUCAAUCGUACCGUCAGCAUGCAUGCGCUCUGGAUUUUCGAAUCGAUACGAGACAAAUUGCUCGAGUCGCAGGACGGCUCCCGCAUGUUGUCCGUGGAGAUGUCAGUUGAAACUAUGCCGGAAAAGCCAGGCGCAGCAUCCUCUCGAUUGGAGAAAUCCAAGAACCCCCUCAUCCGGCCAAAGCUAACUUUGCGUCUUGGUCCCUCUUCACCAACCUGUCGCCUCCAAAUGGACACGAUCUCAGGUACCCUCCUUCUCACACCUCGUGUGAAUCCGCGAAUUCAGUUCACUCUAUCCACACUCCCCUCAAACCAGAUUCCGAUCGUUUCCCAUACGCAUUUACGCCGACAUGCCGCCCUCGCCCUUCUAUCACAUCUUGGAUUGAAAGCCUCACACGCUGGGUGGAUUAAGGAAAGGAAUUUCCGUGCUAGCCGCGAAAGCGUGAAAACCCAGAUCAACCUUGCGCGUCAAAAUGAGCGAAAGCGCUGGGAUAAGCAUGGCAUCCCUCUAGCCGCCAUUUGGGCAUCGGAAAGUCAACAGCCACAAGGCAAUAUUGCUCCCGGUGCUCCUCCGGCGGCUCUCCAAACCCUGAAAGGGCCCGAUUUCUUGUAUUCAACCUUGGUCCGGCCACCACAGUGGGGGCGCACCAACUGGGCUGUCUUGAUGACCGUAACUAUCGAAGAAGCCGAACGAUUCUGGGCGGUUGAGCUUACCAAUCCGGUACUUGCGGAGGAUGUCAAGUACGCAGUGCCGCUAUACCCGAUUCAGGACCCAGACAUCGAGCGGCUUGGGAAGUCGUUCUGGAGGUAUCUCGAGAAAGUCGCGCUAGGCGCCAUCGGGAGCGUCGUGCUUGGCCGACAACUGAGCGAAAGAAGCGUCCGGUUCAAUUGGUUCCCGGAGGGCAUCCCGGAUCGAGCGGCGAUGGGGAGCAAUUCAGGGAAAUCCGUGUCAACGCCAGAUACAAGCGGAUUGACGCCCCUCCAAAAAGCAAGCGUCCCGAUGCUUUUCGUCUGUUUCCAGGAUCUGCUAUUUAGGGACAAGUUACCAUUCGAGUCGGAAGACCAAGGCCGUGUGGCAGCGUCUCCUGAAGCACGGAAAGAGAGAAAAGCAGCAAGAAGACGAGACAGUGUUGGCAGUCGAAAAGGCUCGCUGGGCUCAACCAGCCGUAAACCACCAACCUCGUCUAGUAUGUGGGCAAUCAGUGCUCUGCGAUUCCAGUUCCUCGAUCUUGCGAUAUCCGGAUCGAGACAACCCAUGCCAGUCUACGCGGUCACAGGCAUGUUCUCACGAGACAAUCCAGUCGCUGCAGUGUUGAGCCACCCCAAAUAUCGAGCAUCUGUCCCGGAUAUCCACACGGCGCUCGACGUGAACCCGGCCGAGCUUCCCACCAUCCACGUUACGCCGAAAGGGACCUUCGCGUUGUACCUGCGUACUAAGUUCGGCGAGUCUCCCUUCGGCAUGCUCGUCAACCGCAUCAACUCGCUCGCCCUUCUUCGCGACUUCGUCACAACUCUCGAUCGCAAGGGUCUCGGCUCGCAAAUUCGGUCGAUCGACCUUGAUUCCAUUAGCUUCGCCUACGGUGAGCUCAUCCGACGACGACAAUCACAGGAGGCACCCAUCCAGGAAGCAAACGAAACAAACGGCGCGUCGGGAUCGGCACCUGGGAGAGGACAGCUCACACCCAAGGAACUCUCCGAAUUCUCCGUAUCCCUACGCUUCGACGAUCCAUCUGAGCCCAUGGUCCUCGAAUUCGACGGCACCAACCCCCACCGUCGUCUUCGCUCUCAGCUUUCUCACCUCCUCCACAGCGCAGGCCCUGGGGCUUUUAGCACGUUCAUCAACGCGCUCGCACGCACCGGCCCGCUCAUGGCCGCCGCCGCAAAAAUGGAAAACAACGCCAUGGUCUCCUCGGCCCACUCCUCUUCCUCAUCCGCUUCCACCGCGCCACCAAACCCCACCAACGGCACCCCAUCAACCACCGUUUCUCCCUACCUCACGAUCCACACCCGCAGUGUCGACAAUGUCCGCUUCUCGUACACCGCGCCCCGCUGCCUCCUCGACGCGCGGCUCCGCACCCGCCGCGGCUCGCUCGAAUGGGUCUUCGAGAAAGUGGGGACGCGCGCGCCGCCGCGCCCGCAAUCGUCGGCCGCGGGCGCGCAGCGGAUGCAACCUGCGGCGCCGAGCGAGGAGGAGCUGCGGGUGACGAGGAGCCUCGAUCCGGUGUUCUCGGGUCGUGGGUCGGGGUGGCAGGGGAUGCGGACGGCGGUGGUGGCGGAGUUGGAAGGGGUGGGGGAGGUGGUGGAACGGUUAGAUGAGUGUGUGCGAGUUGCGGGAAGCGGGAAGAGGGAGGGGGAGAAGAGCGGUGGUGGGGGGAAGGGGGGAAAGGCGGUGAUGGAGGCGAAGAAAAGUAAGGGGAAGCCGCAGGAGGUGAUUGAGUUGGAUUGA